AUGGCGGCGGGCGGCGGCGGCGGCCCCGCGGCUCGGGAGCUGUUCGCCGAGGGGCUGCUGCAGUUCCUGCGGCCCGCGGUGCGGCAGCUCGAUGGACACGUUCACGCCGUCAGGGAGAGCCAGGUGGAGCUGCGGGAGCACAUCGAUAGCCUGGCUACAGAGCUCUGCCGCAUCAACGAGGACCAGAAAGUGGCACUGGACCUUGACCCCUACGUGAAGAAGCUGCUGAACGCGCGGCGCAGGGUGGUGCUGGUCAACAACAUCCUGCAGAACGCUCAGGAGCGGCUGCGGAGGCUGAACCACAGCGUGGCCAAGGAGACGCUGCGCAGGAAGGCCCUGCUGGAGGCAGCUGGGGGCUACCCCCAGGGCUUGCCUGGCAAGUGAAGCCCCUGCAGCACUGGCCCGGAUGCACCUGGCACUGUGGCUCUGCCAGCAGCCCCAGGAGCUGGGCAGAGGGACAAGGGCCACCCUCAAGGACAGCAGAGUGAGAUGCUGGCAAGGGGAGCAGCUAUCCCGGGUUGCAGCAGCGUCUACAGCCCAGGAUCCGGUGAGAAGUCCUGCAGAGGGAGGCUGCAGGUGAAGGAGCUGGGGGGACCUCAAGUUGUCUUGCACCAUGUGUAGGCAGCAAAA